AUGCCUGCGCCCGAGUCUCCAAAGCGCCGGGAACUACGAAAGGCGCUACGUGCCCUCACAAACUAUGUUGCAGGGAAGACGGAUAAUAUCGACAUCCUGCCUAUGGAUUUAGACGAAAGCUCCGACUUCAACCCUACCUUCUUUACUACAUUUUUCAGUCAACCAAUCGACUGUGCACGUAGAAUGCUCGACUAUUUUGCUCAUUAUACCGAUGCCUGUAUUUUGUUCGAUAAGGACGAGGGUCUCGGUAGACUCUGGUCCAAUAUCGGCCCUUCUAUUUCGCGGAUUUCGGUCAUCACAAGUUCCCCAGUUGUAACCAUACACGCUUCUCAGGUCAAGGAGGGUCCAUAUCCACACGUCAAAGCCUUGAUCUACAAUAAUCUGAACGGUGCCGACGGUACAAUUCUGGGAGGCGAGGUAAUGAUGGCCCUGCGCUUGAUAAUCGCGCAAAUGAGACGAGCCCGCUUCAUCGACCAGAUGACUGCACCGGUUCCCUUUCCGUUUAUGGGACCCCAGCAUGUUAGGCUGGUCGAAGCAUAUUUCAACGGUAGCUCUCCAGUAGUACGCCCAUCCCGGCUUUUUGAUCUGCAUAAAAAGAACGAAGCUGCUAUCAGAGAGUUCGGCCGGUGGUACUUUGGGGAGCCAGUUGGGAACACUAAGAAAUGCCCGUAG